CGGAGCGUGCGGAGGUGCUUAAACCCUAAACCCCAACGAGCCAUUUCCUCUUCGUCUUCCCCAAUACGAAUUCACCGUAGCAAUGGCAAGAUUGAUUCGACCAUUGAGAGAAUGCCUUCAGUUUUCUUCUUAUUUUUCUUCUUCCUUUCCUUCUCACAAAUCACUAAUUACUCAAUUACACCUUCAAAAUCCCAUCGUAUUCCCACAUGAAAACCACUACGUUUUCCGCAAGACAGUACGCCAUUACAUUGCCGACAUGCGUAGAUCCGCUUUCGAAGGCAACAUUCUCAGACUUCUCCGUAAUGAAAUUCGAUAUGAACUUGAUCGCUCUCCUCCCAGUCAGCCUGUUACAAAAUUUGGGGCAUUUACUGUUGAUGAAAGACCAGGCGAGCAGUGGAUCAGAUUGGAAAGAGAGUAUGGGGAUAAAGAGAAAAUAAAGAUUGAAGCGACCAUGUUUGAUCAAUCUAUUCCAGCUUCAAAAUCAGGAGGCAGUAGUUCUAGUGAAGAUGUGCUUCUUCACAUUACCGCUAUUGUUCAUAUAACUAAAGUAGGUGGCAGCGACGUUUUGAGGAUUAUGUGCUCAGCUUGGCCAGAUAGUCUAGAGAUUGACAGGCUUUUCUUACGUCGAGGUGAAAUUAUGCCAGCUCAACCCUAUGCAGGUCCCGAAUUCAAGGAAUUGGAUGAUGACUUGCAAAACUCACUCUACGAAUAUCUUGAAGCUAGAGAGGUGGACGAUCAACUAGCUGUUUUCUUGCACGAGUAUAUGAAGAACAAGGAUAAAACCGAGUUCAUUAGAUGGAUGGAAACCGUAAAAGCAUUCAUUGAAAUGAAAUGAAAAUAUUGAUUAUGCAAUAUUUUCAGCUGAGAAUAGUUGUCUGCUGUUGGGGUUAUUGGAUAUCUAUUUUUGAUAUGUGAAAUUGACCCUAAUGUAUUGAACUAUCCAGUAUACGAAGUAGCAUUGUACACAAAAUUAAGGAGAAUUGAAGUUGGUGUAUCUUAAAUUGCUUGGCA